AUGACAACUUUUUCUCGCCUUCCUCCCCAGUUCCUCCUCCCCAGUUCCUCCCCAGUUCCUCCCCAGUUCCUCGUCCUGGUUCCUCCUCCUGGUUCCUCCCCUUUCCCACUGCCCCGCUCCCUCCUCUUGCGCCUCCCUCUCAAAUCCUUCCCCCUUCAAACCUCUCUCCCCUCUACUUUCCGCCAUCUGUCCUUCCAUCCGCCCUGGUUUCUCGGCCAGGAUGCUAAACGGCAACGCAUUGGAGUCUCCUUUCCCCACAAGUUUGAGGACCUGAGCAAGAACAAGUUCUCAGAGGACUUUCCGACUUUUCUCACCCGGAUGAAACAAGUGCAGCACAUAACGCCCCAUAUCACCGCAUCUCCUCUCCUCCCCUACCCCAACCCCCAUCUUCGCAGGAGGCUGAGCCACAAUAACUUCACAGGCAGCAUCCCCGCCUCCAUCUCCUCUCUUGCUUCCCUCACCUACCUUGACCUGCGCAUACCAACACUCACGGGCUCCAUCCCGGCCUCCAUGGGCGCCAUGCUCAAUCUGCAGUACCUCUAUGUCAACUACGAUGCAACGCCAUGCGGUAAUGGGGAAAGCGAUUGCGAGGUGCAGCAGUACUUCGGCACGGCCUUCUGCCGUGCCUGCUUUGACUUCUGCCUCCAGUGCUACCAGUGGUCCUCUGGCGGUAACGGCGAUUACGACGAUUACUACGGUAAGGAGGAAAAAGAAGGGAUGUUUUGA